AUGGCUGAUAUUCAGCCGGGAAGUGAAUGUGACUUUGUGAGUGUAGACGUUCAGACGGCAUCAGAUAUCAUCAUAUGGGUCCACGGCCUAGGAGACCCCGACAUGAGCGUCCUUCGGAACUGCCAACUGCUCGACCUCAACAGACUCCUCAAGCGAUGCUGGGAAGACCAGGAUUCUGACAGUACCGCUAUAGAGACCGAUUCUGGGUUACUUCGGGCUCGACAAUCUCUGCCUUCCUCCGUUGCCGCAGGAUAUCCGGAUGGCGGCUAUCAAGCAGAUUUGUCUCUGCUAUGA